GGUAUAUCAGGGGAAACAAGAACAAUCAUGGGGAUGAGUUAAACAGUGAGGUUCAAGCCGCCGCCAUAGCCGCCUCAUAAAGUCGUGGUUAAAUAAUAUUUUAAAUAUCAUCUUCAUAAUCAUCAUCUUCAUCAUCACCAUCAUUAUUUAUUCUAUUAUUAUUAUUUUUAUGAUUCAUUAAAAUGAAAUACACUAUUUUAAUUUUUUCAUUUUUUAAAUUAUUUUUCAAGUGACUUUUGAUGAAUUUUUUUUUUUUUUUCACUUCUUAUAAUUUAUAAUUGUGAUAUGCUAUACUUUUUUUUAUAAUUGGUGGUUUCAAGUGUCAGUGAUAAAUUUUUACCCGGGAAAAAAAAAAUAUAUAUAUUUUUUAAUAUACAAAUAUUAAAAAGAAAAAAAAAUAAAUAAAUAUAUUUGGUGCGUCGAAAAGAGUGUCAUCUUCUGUAGGUCAAUGCUCGAAGUAAAUCCCAAUAAGAUAUAAUAUUUUUGGAGUAAAAAAAAAAACAGGAUCUUACGUGACGCCAUCUAUCGUACUAUUAUUAUUAUUAUAACUAUUAUUUAAAUAAAAUUUAAAUAAUAAUUUUCUUAAAAACAUUUAACUUUUAAACUUGAAAAAAAAAAUAAAGAAAAUUUUUAUUUUUAUUUUAUUCAGUUAAAUGAUGAAGAAAGGAUGUUAUUUAAAAUAAAAAAAAAAAUCAAAUGGAUGAAGAGUGUAGUUGGUGUAUGAAGAUGAUGAAAAAAGUUUGUCUAAAAUUAAAAUUAUUUAAAUAAAAUUAAAAAAAAAAAAAGACACGACGUAACCAUGGCGGACGCAAUGCGCGUGAACUAAUGACAUUCUUUGAAUUUUAAUUAUAUAUUUUAUAUAUAAACUUAAUAAUUAAGAAGAAAUUUUAAUGAUGAUUAUUCACUAUUAAUCAGCAUCUUUAAACAAAUGGAAUUUAAAUAAAAUAAUUCAUAAUAAAUCAUCAUAAACAUGCUGAGAUGAUCGUUUGAAUUGACAAGAAAAUCUUGAACUCUGCAUUGCGACGCAUGGAAAAUGAGUCGUCUGGUACAUCAGGGACACUUGUUGCUCAACCAUGUUUUUAAGUGAUCAUAUAUAGUUUUACGCAAAGAAGGUGACAAAAAAAAAAUAUAAAGACAAAACAAUAUAUAGUAAUAAUAAAAAAAUAAAAAAACUAGCCAACACCAUAAAUAUAUAAAAGGAUAUUAAAAUGUCAAAAAAAUUUUGGCUUCGGUGACAUCUGUUAAGCGUAUUGUCCAUUGACAAAUUGGACAUGUUCGCAUAAAUGAAGAUCUAAAAAAAAUAUUCAUCUUUAUUAAGAUGAAAUGAAUGGGUUAUCGAAUUGAAUAUAUUGAUAAUAUAGAUUUAAUUGAUAUAAAAAUAAUAUAUAAUAAUUAUAAUAUAAUAUUAAAUAAUAAUAAAAAUUGGAGUAACGCGGUGGCGGCUGCGGCUGCGUCGGCGGCGGCAGCGGCUGCGGCAACAACAGUUGUAAGGCUGGAUUACAUACGUGGAAUGUCUUCGGGGGCCAAGCGGCUCGUGCAGUCGCUGAGGGGCCGCAGUACAUCUGGGGGUGGUGGUGGUGGUGGUACACGUGGACGUGAUAAUUGUGGUGGUAGUGGACCAAGUACAAGUGCAACAAGACUAUGGCAACAAUAUGAUAGUGGUCAUGAAUUAGAUGAAAUAUCGGUGGUUGGUGGGAUUGGGGGUGGUGGUGGUUGUAGUGGUGCAAUAACACCAACAACACCUUGUCACUAUUCUGGUAAUAAAUAUGAUAGUGGUCAGACACUUUACAGUAUUGCAACAUCAGCACCAUCAGGACAUACUAGUGGAAUUGGUGGAAAUAUUACUUCAUCAGCUGUACGAACAAAUUUUGGUGGUGCUGGUUUAAAUACAGUUGGACGAAUAAAUGAUGGAAAAAUUGGUGAAACAAAAAAUCGAAUUGAUGAUGAUGAAAAAAUUGGACAAAGAUAUUAUCAUCAACAUCAUCAUUAUCAACAACAAGGAAGACAAGAUCAACGUAGUCGACAACCUGAACAACAGAUUUAUUCUGUUUCACAGAGAUAUUUUGGAUCGUCCAGAGACUCACUCAAUGCAGCUUAUGUUAAUCGUGGUGCAAGUGAACUUGAUUUAAGUAGAAAACCACAAAAAAAAGAUCAAUUAAAGGGUAAAUUAAAAUUUCCAAAUGUUGUGAGUUUGAGUUCAUCAAGAGAAACAUCACAUUUACGUAGUUUAGCAUCAACUAAUCAUCUAAAUGGCAAUACCAGCUGCAACGGUACUGAGACGAGGUACACAGCAGCACAACAACAACAACAACGUGGAAGUCGAGGAUAUCCUGGACAGAUGGGAACACGGGGCUUUCGCACUGGAGCCCCCAAUUGGUCGUUCGUCUUCGAUCCCGCGGGACGUCUUUGUUACUAUUGGUCGAUGGUUGUAUCACUUGCAUUUUUAUACAAUUUCUGGGUCAUUAUCUAUAGGUUUGCCUUUCAAGAAAUCAAUGGAGGAACACUACUCGUAUGGUUUUGUCUUGACUAUUUUUCUGAUUUACUGUACGUUGUGGAUAUUGUAUUUCAUUUUCGUACUGGCUAUCUUGAAGAUGGUGUCUUACAAACAGAUGCCGUUAAAUUACGUAAUCAUUACAUGAACAGUACGACGUUUUAUAUUGACUGUUUGUGCCUGCUGCCACUUGAUUUUUUAUAUCUAUCAAUAGGAUUUAACAGUAUACUACGAAGUUUUAGGCUUGUUAAAAUAUAUCGGUUUUGGGCAUUUAUGGACAGAACUGAACGUCAUACAAAUUAUCCAAAUUUAUUUCGUUCAACAUCAUUGAUACAUUAUUUACUAGUGAUAUUUCAUUGGAAUGGGUGCCUCUAUCAUAUUAUAUGUAAAAACAAUGGUUUUGGAAGUAAAAAUUGGGUAUUUAGUGAUUCUGAAACGGCAGAUGUUGUCAAGCAAUAUUUACAAAGUUAUUACUGGUGUACACUGGCUCUGACAACUAUUGGUGAUCUUCCAAGACCAAGAAGUAAGGGUGAAUAUUUGUUUGUUAUAAUUCAGCUGCUUUUUGGUCUUUUGCUGUUUGCAACAGUGCUUGGCCAUGUUGCCAAUAUUGUCACUUCUGUCAGUGCAGCACGUAAGGAAUUUCAAGCUAAACUUGAUGGAGUCAAAACUUAUAUGAGAAUGCGAAGAGUGCCAAAUCAUCUUCAGAUAAAAGUUAUAAAAUGGUUUGAUUAUUUGUGGCUUACACAAAAAUGUUCAGAUGAAGAAAAAGCUGUUAGCUGUUUACCUGACAAACUCAAGGCUGAAAUUGCGAUCAAUGUUCAUCUUGAUACACUUAGAAGAGUUGAAAUAUUUCAAAAUACUGAAGCUGGAUUUUUGUGUGAACUUGUUUUACGAUUGAGACCAGUUUUAUUCUCACCAGGAGAUUACAUUUGUCGAAAAGGCGAGGUGGGAAAAGAAAUGUACAUUGUAAAUAGAGGUCGUCUUCAAGUUGUUGCUGAUAAUGGAAAAACCGUACUUGCAACAUUGAAAGCUGGUUCUUACUUCGGGGAAAUCAGCAUUCUCAAUAUGGGGACCGCAGGUAAUCGCCGUACAGCAAGUGUACGCUCAGUCGGUUAUUCCGACCUAUUUGUACUGAGUAAAAAGGAUAUGUGGGAUGUGCUGAAGGAGUAUCCAGCAGCACGAGUACGUCUUGAGUCAAUUGCAGUAAAACGACUUGAAAAAUAUAAAAAAGCACCCUUAGAAAAAGCUGCAAUGGGAAGAAGUCAAAGUACUCCAGGUCUUGUUGAAUCAAGAGGUAGAAUACCAAUUGAAGACAUGUGGAUAUCACCAAUUGAAUUACGUACAACACGUUCAUUAUUUUCACCAAGUCCAAGUCCAAUAACUGGAUCAUCAUAUCAUCAUGGAUUAAGAAUUGGUGAUAAUGAUGGUACUGUUGUUGUUGCUAGUGGUGGUAGUGGUGGUGGUGGUAGUGGUAUUGCAACAACAGCAGCAACAAGAAGUGCUGAUAGUCCAAUGAGUGCAACAAGCAGUGCUAGAAGCAGUGAGGAUCAUACUGCAAGAGCAGCAAGAUCAAUAGCAACACAAUUAUCAAUUGGACGGCAAUCAACUCAUUCUGGUAUGACAUGCAAUAGCAUGACACAAUUAGUGUCUGAAGGUGCAUUAACACCAGUAACAGGUAGUGCUGGACAUGAUAUACUUGUUGCUGAAAUAAAACGUUUACGUGAACGUUUAAUGGGUCUUGAAAGUGAAAAUACAGCAUUAUCUGAUAAAUUAAAUCAUCAACAAUAUAUUGUUGAACAUCGUUUAGCUGAAAUUGAAAUGCAAAUACGUCGUACAAGUUCAACAUCAAGUAUUGAAGAUAAUGAACGUAAUCGUGAAAGUAUUAUUUAACAAGAAAUAAUGCCACGUAAUGAUAAUAAUAUUAAUAAUAAACGUGGCUUAUUAUUACAAUCAACAAUUGAUAAAAUUAAUAAUAUUAAAAAAUCAUAUUACAAUGAUAAUUGUCAUGAAUGUUUAACAACACCAUCAACACCAUGUACAAUGUCAAUUGGUAGUCCAAGUCAUAUUUUUUAUGAUAGUGAUUGUGAUUAUAAUAAUGAUGAUGAUGAUAAUAAUAAAAUUGGUACAUGUAAUGGUUUUAAUAAAAAAAAUGGUAGUAAAUCAAAUUUAUUAUUAUGCAUAGAAUGUGAUUUAGAAUCACGUACAUGUUCAUAUCGUCCAAAAACACCAACAAGUAGAUCUGAUAAAUAUAUUGAACAAUAUCGUUAUGAUAAUUAUCAUUGUAAUGAUGAUAAUAAUGAUUUAAUAUGUAUUAAAUGUGAAAAUAAUGAUGAUGAUGAUGAUGAUAAUAAUAUCAUUAAAAAAAAUAUUAAUCAUCAUGAUGAUAAUGAUGAUAAUUAUUUAUUUGAAUUAUGUGAAAAAUGUGAUGAACAAAGUACAGAUAAUACAACAUCUGAUUCAUGUAAAAUGAUAAAUUUCUAUGGUUCAUCAUCAAGUGAUAAUAUUAAUUAUCCAGUUGAUGCUGUUGUUAAAAUUCAUGUUAAUGAUAAAUCAUUUGAUGGUGAUUCAGAUGAUACAUAUAAUGAUUGUAUUAUUAAAAUACCGGAUGUUGGAAGUGGUGGUGGUGCUACUAGUAGUGAUCGCUUGUCGCCAAUUGAUGAGCACGUACCAGCUAAUAGUGAAAAUCAAAUACAAGAUGAUACAAAUAAAAUGAAAGUUAAAAAUGGACAAGCACGAAGUAGGUAUAUUGAAUCAAUGCUUAUACUUUUAACGUAAAUUAUUAUAAAUCAUUAUGAUGAUAGUAAUAAUAAUAAUGAAUACCAUUGAAAUUAAAUCAUGAGGGCCAAGAUGUGUCAAGCCUUGAAGAUAUUAAACAAAAAAAAAAAAAAAUAAGACGCAUUAGUUUUGUCAUAUAAUAAAAUUAUUGAGAUAAAAAAAUAAAAUUGCACGAAAUAUUCUAAAUAUUAAUAUAUUUAUAUAUAUAUAAAUAAAUUAUAAUAGUCAUAUUUUUUUUCUUUUUUUUUUGCUUCAAUAAUUAUCAUCAAUAUUUUUUAAAUUAUUUAUAUUAUUUUUUAUUUUAUUUUUUUAUGUCAUUGCUCAAAAAUUAUCAAACGCACUGUAUAUAAAUAAAAUAGCCAAAAAAUAAUACUUAAUAAUAAUAGUAAUAAUAAUUAUAAUAAUAUUGAGUUAUAAAUAUUAUACUAUAUUGGUUAUUUAUUUUUAUUAGCUAUUAUUUGUUUAUUAUAAUUAUUAAAAAAAUAAUAAUUGUAAGGACAAAAUUACCAAUGACACUGAUGAGUAAAGUGACGAUAAUUUAGAGGCGAGUUUGAGAAAAAAAAAGGAUAAAUAACAAAAUUUUAUAAUUAAUAUAAUAAUAAAAUAAUAAAAUGGAGAGAUUUAUUUAAAAAUCAAGAGAAUCGAUGCGCUUUUUUUUUGAUAUUCAAACACGACAUACAACUCGUGCUCGGGACCAAGCCAAUGCCUGUAUUUGCAUAUAAUGAAAAAUUCAAAUGAAAAAAAAUUAAUAAAUUUUUUGUCUAAACCAGGUGAUAAUUGGACCAUUUAAAACAAAAAAAAAAGGCAAUGCCUGCAAAAAUUUGAAAUCCCAUUUAAAAAAUUGAUCAACAAAGUAAUAAUAAUAAUAAUAAAAUUAAUAAAGCAAGUGUCAUCUCAGUCGAAUCAAUUCUCCAUUAAAAUCUUUUCCACGCAUUUACUAAUUUAAUCUCAUUGUGAAAAUUAAAAAAUCUUUACUAUCUUAGAAAGACAAAAAAAAUUAAAGAAACAAAUUUCAAUUAAUGACAAAUUUUUAAAGAAAACAAAAACAACUACUACAAUAAUAUUGUAGUAUAAUUAACGUAAAUUUAAAAAAUAAAAUUUUUUAAAUUGUUGUACUGCCAUUUUUAAUUUAAGAAUUUAUCGAAUGUAAUUAUUUACAAUUUACAAUUAUUUGUAAAAAUAAAUUAUUUUUUUUUUUUAGAUUUAUUACUAAUGCACAUGAUUACACUGAUUAAAUUGCAUAAUUUUUCAAUUUAAUAUAGAUUUUGAAAGAAAUAAAAAAAACUAAAAAAUAAUAUGUAAUUUCGAUUAUAGAAAGGAUGUAAAUGAACAAUUUGGAUAUGAAAAAAAUAAUAAAAUAAUGAUGUAUAAUUAUCGUCGUUUUCUACUGUCAGUGGAUAGUCCUUAAAAAAUAAUAAUAAAAAAAAAAAAAAAAAAUAGUUGAGUUUAAUUUGUUGC